AUGCUCAAAGGCGCCGCUACAAGCCAAACACAUAUCGCCCAUCGCUACGCAAAAUUACUAGGCCAUUUAUGGUGUCAUGGGAAGGUUACUCCCGAGUUGCACCAGGGUAGUGCCAUCCAAGAGGACGAAUUUACUACUGUGCAACAGUAUACAUCGUGUGCGCCUGUGGACUCUGACGGUUAUGUUCAGCCAGUUAAUGUGGAUACUGAUUUAAUGGAUGUGUUUUCUGGUUCUUUGCCGCUGGAUCUGGGCCGCUCUUGGGAUUCCGAUUUCUAUGAUGAGACGCUGUUUUCCAGUCUGCCGUUCCUUCGUGGGUUUCGGGAUUUGGAGGGUGAUUAUGUUGCGUAA